AUUUUUCCUAAUAUCUAACCUAAAUCUUGCUUGCUUCAAUUUAAGCCCAUUAUUACUUCUUUCCUUGGUGAUUAAGGAGAACAAUUUAUCAUCCUCUUCUUUUGUAACAACCAUUUACAUACUUGAAGACCCCACUUAGUCUUCUCCAGACUAAACAAAUCAAAUUUUUUCAAUCUUUCCUCAUAGGUCAUGUUUUGCACUCAUUUUUGUUGUUCUCCUCUGGACUUUCUCCAGUUUAUCUAGAUCUUACCUGAAGUGUGAUGCCCAGAACUGGACAUAGUACUCAAGUUGAGGCCCUAUCAGUGCUGAGUAGAGUGGAAGAAUUACUACUUGUCUUGCCCUCAUGUGCAGGGUGCCAUGGCUCCAGUUGGCGAGAUUCCUGAGAGAGUCUCAGAAUGUGGUUGAGGACCUCCCAUUUGAUGAUGAGAAGCUUUUCUUGAGAGCUGUGGAUGGGACCAUGCAGAAACUGAAAGACUCUAGGACCACGUUGAGUUCUCUGUAUAUAUACACCCCUACAAACAAGGAGAUUUAGCAGGUCUCAGACUGCCCAGAGAUUGCACUCAACUCAGUACUCUGGUUUUCACAGAGUCUCUUAACCUGCUAGAAAAGGACAGAUUCUAGAGGAAAAGAACUUCCUACCCUCCUUCACCUAGUACCCAGCCAUUAUCGGAACAAUAGUUUUGACAGAUUGAGGGCUCGACUUCUUCCUCACUUCUAUUUGCAGCUGCAACCUUUUGCCUCCUUCCCCACUUCAGGAGACUGCCCAUCCCAUUUUCGGAAGGCCUGGCAGUGUAUUACAACAGGUCAUGGGUGUUUAUAACAUUGGGCUAUAGCAUCCAUUUCACAUCCCUCCACAUUCAUCCCUCUUCUCCAUCUUUCUUCAGGGACCUUUCUCACAAGACUAUAUUAAGUCAAGAAGUACACUCCGUCCUUUGUUUAGGAGCAAUAGAACCAGUCCCAUCCCCUCGGAAAGGGUUUUACUCCAUUUUCUCAUGCCAAAGAAGGCUGGAGAGUGGAGACUGAUCUUAGAGCUGAGACGACUGAACAAGUUUGUAAAGUCUGAAAAGUUCCGGAUGGUGAUUCUGGCACACAGCAGAUACUUGUACUUCACCAUGGGCCCAAGAUUAUUUUCAUUACUGAGUAUUCGUGAUCUGGUAUAAUGUGCUAUUAUGCUUUGGGGAGGCAAAACACCAGCUUCAUCAUAGCAAGCAGUAACACAUCAGAGGUCCAUCUCAGCAGUCCCUUGAAGAGAUUGUGCACUCCUUUGAUCUUCCUACGUUGGUGACAAAGAGUCUAGGUGAUUUCUUAAAUUGUUUGGUCCUAUCUAGAUCUCUCUUCAGCCCCAAGGGUGUUCACGAAGCAGGAUUGGCUGCUUACCUUUGUAAGAAGCAAUUUUGGUUUUCCCAUAUCUUGACAACUGGUUACAUAAGGGCCAAUUUUACGAAGUCAUACUGACUUACAGCCAGACAGGUCUCUCCCUCUUCCAGGAGUUUGGUCUCCAACUUAUUGUAAAGAAGUCCAAGUUAGCUCCGGUACAGAGAAUACAAUUCCAUGGGGCAUACUUGGAUUUGUUGACAGCCAGGGACUUCCCUCCCACAGACAGAUUGAUAACUUUGUUGAAUCUGGGUUUGACAAUUCAGGGAAGCCCUAGUAUUAUAGUAAGGAAUGGCUUGCAGCUCCUGGGUCAUGUGGCAGCUUGCACCUUCGUGACCAAGAAUGCAGGAUUACGCCUUGACUUCUUUCAAGGCUGGUUCAUGAAGUCUUAUUCCUCAUCCAGAGUUAAGUUGGGCAAACAGGUCACAGUUUUCUGCCAACUGAAGAACUCCCUGGAUUGGUGGAAGAUCAGCACAAAGUUUGUGCAGGUGUCCUUUUCAUCUGCCCAGUUCCAGCAAUAACUGUGACAAUGAACACAUCACUGUUAGGUUGGGAGCACCCUAUUCUAUCCAUCUACCUGUAUUUCCCCCCCCCCCCCCAACCACAUAAAUAUCAGCAGGGGACUUUUCUUCAUAUGUUAGCUGUACAAUGGGCAUCGGCCUUUUAUCUGGAUAAGACCAAGCAAUUUUGGAAAUUACCUAGACUGUGUCUCCAAUGCAGAAAGUUCAGAGAGGUCCACAGUCUCUUCAGAGGACUUUUGAGAUGGAUCUCUGAGUGUAUUACUGCUUGCUACGAUGCAGCUGGUGUUUUGCCUCCCCAAAGGAUAAUAGGACACUACCAGAGCACAGGUUUUCACAGAUACAGAGCUGCUACAUGGGCUUCAGUGCAUACGUUUUCUAAACUCUGUGCCUCGGUUCAUUCCAUCAGAUCUGGUGCAGAACUUGGUUCUGUUACAUGAGUUUCAGUCCUGGACUUGAUUGUGAAGCUUCUUCCUCCAUGUGAGGAUACUGUUGGAGAGUCACCUGAAGUGGAGCACCCAUUGGGACACUAUUCAUAGAAGAAGAAAAAGCUUCUCUCAUUGUGCAGUAACUGGUUCUUUGAGGUGUGUGUCCUUGUGGGUGCUCCACUACUCGCCCUGCGUCCACUCUGCUUUGGACUGUUCUUGCUGGAUGUUUGGCUAGAGAAGGAACUGAGGGCAGUUUGCCCACACAGCCCUAUAUACCCUUGUGGCACAGGGUUGUCUAGAGCGCUCGCGCAGGCUGAAUGGAUGCUGCUGAUGGAAAAAUCUCCGAUCAAGGGCUCAAGAGGCUUGUGCGUACCUGAGGUGGAGCAGAAGAUUAAAUAAAAUUAUGAAUCAGGUGGCCAUUCAACGGAAGAAGCAGUUUGUUGAAAGAGUACACAGUUACUGGUUACUUAAAAGACUGUCUAGGAAUGGUGUUCCUCUAUUGAGAAGGCUGCAGUCCAGUUUACAGUCACAAAGAAACAUACAACAGAGAGAAGAUGAUGAAGAAAUGCAAGCCCUAAAGGAAAAGUUAAAGUACUGGCAAAGGCUGCGCCAUGAUCUUGAGAGAGCACGUUUGUUGAUUGAACUUAUACGUAAACGUGAAAAAUUAAAAAGAGAACAGAUCAAGGUUGAGCAGGUUGCCAUGGAGCUCCAGUUGACUCCAUUCACUGUAUUGUUGCGAUCAGUUCUGGACCAGCUGCAGGAAAAGGAUUCUGCUCGAAUAUUUACUCAGCCAGUAAACCUUAAGGAGGUUCCAGAUUAUUUGGAUCAUAUAAAACAUCCCAUGGAUUUAUCUACUAUGAGAAAACGGUUAGAUUCCCAAGGCUAUAAAAACCUUAAUGAGUUUGAAGAAGAUUUUAAUCUUAUUAUAGAUAACUGUAUGAAAUACAAUGCAAAGGAUACAAUAUUCUAUAGAGCUGCAGUGCGAUUAAGAGAUCAAGGAGGUGUUGUUCUGCGACAAGCUAGGCGAGAUGCUGAGGGGAUCGGUUAUAAUAAUGAAACUGGAAUGCAUUUACCUGAACAGCCUAAACUAGAAUCACCCCAGCCUUUCUCCUGGGAAGAAGUGGAUAGGUUACUGAAUCCAGCUAACAGAGUGCAUAUGUCCUUGGAAGAACAGCUGAGAGAGUUGUUAGAAAAACUUGAUCUCACCUGUGCAAUGAAAUCCAGUGGGUCAAGGAGCAAACGAGCAAAGCUGUUAAAAAAGGAAAUCAGCAUUAUUCGCAACAAACUAAGUCAACAACACAGCGAGCCUCCCCAAAUAGAAUCAGGUAUUGGAAGUUUUGAAGAGGAAAGUGCAGCAUUAGAACAAGAAGGUGAAGAAGAAGGAGAUAAAUCUCCCCCUAAACUUGAACCAUCAGAUGCAUUACCUCUUCCUUCAAACUUGGAGACUAAUUCAGAACCACCAACCCUCAAACCAGUAGAACUCAAUCCAGAGCAGAGUAAGCUUUACAAAAGAGUAAAAUUUGAUAAUGAAUUAUAUAGCACUUCCAUUCAGAAAGAAAUAAAUGGACACACUCCAGAACACUUACUUGACAGUAAUCUCAAUGAGUCGACUGUUUCUGCUGUAGCUGAGUCAUCAACUGAUGUAAACAGACGUACAUCCAUUCUCUUCUGCAAAUCAAAAAGUAUAAGCCCCCCAAAGUCUGCAAAGAACACUGAAACCCAGCCAACUUCUCCACAGCUAGGGACCAAAACCUUUUUGUCUGUAGUCCUUCCAAGGUUGGAGACUCUUCUGCAGCCAAGGAAAAGAUCAAGAAGUGCAUGUGGAGAUUCUGAGGUUGAUGAUGAGUCCCCUGUAAAGCGCUUGGAUACAGGCCUAUCAAAUGGUUUUGGAGAUGGAAGUAAAGAGAGAGAGUUAGAUGAUGCUCCAGGAAGAAAAGUUGAACCUCGUCGCCGCUGUGCAUCUGAAUCUAGCAUAUCCUCCAGUAACAGCCUUUUAUGUAAUUCAGGUUUUAGCUUGCCAAAGUGUGGUAAAGGCAAACCAGCGCUUAUACGAAGACACACCUUGGAAGACCGAAGUGAGUUGAUAUCAUGCAUUGAAAAUGGAAACUACGCAAAAGCAGCAAGAAUUGCAGCUGAAGUUGGACAUAGCAGUAUGUGGAUUUCAACUGAUGCUGCAACAUCUGUUCUUGAGCCUCUAAAAGUAGUGUGGGCCAAAUGCAGUGGAUAUCCCUCCUAUCCAGCACUGAUUAUUGACCCUAAGAUGCCUCGUGUUGCCGGUCAUCACAAUGGUGUUACAAUACCAGUGCCACCUCUAGAUGUAUUGAAAAUUGGAGAACAAAUGCAGACCAAAUCUGAUGAGAGGCUUUUCUUAGUUUUGUUUUUUGACAAUAAAAGAAGUUGGCAAUGGCUUCCAAAAUCCAAAAUGGUUCCCCUGGGGAUUGAUGAGACCAUAGACAAGUUAAAGAUGAUGGAAGGUCGAAACUCAAGCAUUCGUAAAGCUGUGAGAAUUGCUUUUGAUCGUGCUAUGACUCAUCUAAGUAGAGUCCAUGGAGAACCAGUUAGCGACUUUAGUGAUAUUGACUAACAAAGGUGCUACCAAGGCAAGAAACACACCACAUAUAGACUUGAACUUUAUUAAUAAACCUCAUUGUCUAAAAGAAUGUAUUGACAAUACAACUCCUUAAUCAUUGAUUCAGUGGCUGAGUUCUGCAAACUUCAAACAGUUGAGCAGUUUCUCUAAAUCACCAUUGCCAUACAGAUUAAUGAUUUUAUCAUUGUGUUGUAGUUUGGAGGAUUUUCCACUAAACCUGUUAAAAUGUCUUGUUCAUAGUGUUCAUAAAUUGUACAUAUAUGUAUAUUCAACACUUAACUUAUUCUGAUUUUAGAGGUAGCUCUUUAAUUCCCUUUUUUAAUUUUGAUGGGGAGAGAGUAGGUUCUCAUUUUCCAUGUUUUUUUUACAUGUUAAAAAAAGAAAGUAAAGUACAUAAGCACCAUCUUCCAGCUUAAGGUGCUUAGUGAAUCUUAAAGCCUAAUAUCAAAAUAACAUCAAAGAUAUGUUUGCGUAAAUCAUAUAUUAUACAGUAUGGUGCUGCUUGUAUCAUUUUUCCUUGAUCUGUAGCUUUUGAAAGACUUGUGAAUGUUUUAAUUUUGUGUAAAUCAUUGCUCUUUGCACAAAGUACCACAUAUUUAAGAUUGAUGUAAAUUUACAAUGACAAAUGUGUAUUUUAAGAGAGAAAAUUACAUUAUUUUGGAGGGUACUUUGUGAGAAAGGCAUCAAGAGUAAAAUUAUGCUAUGUACAUCACUUGCAAAUCACCAAAAACACUCCAUUAUUGCCCAAAAUAACUUUUUAAGAGAUUUUUUCCCAUUUUUUCUUUGUUUUAAACAAAAUUGGCUUAAAGCCAGUGAGCACAUUUUUUUCCAAACCAUCCCAUCUAUCUCCCAUAGAUUUUAUUUUUUUCAGAUAUGUGCCUCCCUGUUUUAUUUAUUGUAGAAAAUGUAUUAAUUUGCUUUAUAAUGAAAAAUAAAUUUGUCAAAGUAUAUUGAUAUGCAUUUUUAUACAGGCACAUGAGAAGACAGCUUGCUUUGGGAGAAAAAUGUAUUGGAAAUUGUAUAAAAUUACUUGAUGGCUUGUGUGUAAUUUGAUUUUUUGUAACCUGUAUGCCUUUGUUUCCAAUGAGGGGAUUUAUGUAACUUUUAAUUUAGAACACUUCGGUAGCAAUAGAAACUUUGGAUACAUUUUUGUAUGGUACAUGUGAUGUAUAUAGAAUUAGUACUUUAUUUUUAUUUUUAAGAAGUAAAGCAUUAUGUAUGGGUGAGGGAAAAGAAAGAAGGGUGGGUUUCCAGAACUGCAUUUUUUUAUAUUAAAAAAAUAAAGUCAAGAUAUUGAUUGUUGUAGCUACUUUAUUCCUACGUUCACUGAAAUACUGAAUUUGUAACAAUGAAAAUGGCAAGGUAUGUUUGCAAUGUGAUUUAUAAUGACUCCAUUAUUUAUAAAUGCACUGUGUUGAACUCUUUUUUGCAGUGAUAUCUUAAAUACUGUACCAAGUUAUAUAAUAUGCAACACCAAAUAAUGCAUAUGAGUGCACAAAGUAUUUAUGCCCAGCUUUUUUUAUAAUGGAUUAGUGAAUACAGCAAAACCAAUACUUUUUAAAUCUUUUUUUUUAAUUCAUUGAAUAGCAUUCUGCAUUGUUAAACCUGCUUGAAUUUUAUUUUAAAGGGAAAGUCAAUUACUUUUUAAAUACCUUUUGAUGUUUUUAUUCUCUAUGGUUUGUAAUACCCCCUUAGAAACUUGAAAUAAAAUUUCUUUCUCAACUGAUAA